UAUAAGAUCAUCCAUUCGUACCGCGUAUGCGUAGAAAGAAAGUUAAGCUAGGACAGUAGGAUCUGUAAUCAGCUUGUGCUUGUGUCGGUUCGGUUAUAAUCCUUGGCGCUGUGCUGACAUUUGGUUUGGAUUAUUAAACAAACAAAUAAGGUAAUCCACACUAAUAUAAGAAAUAUAAAAUUACUGUAUUCAUUAAUACACACAUAUCCUUGAAAAAUUAAUUUAAACCCUUUUUUUUGUAAACAUAAAAUUUCGACUUCUAUUAUCAAAAUGGAAAGAAAAGAGGAAAGUGAAGAUACAGUAACAAAUAUCAAAGGUGAGAAUAGUACUGUUGUCAAGCCUGAAUUCAUAAAAGAAGAACCUACUCCAGUUUAUCUAGAGACUUAUAUUGAAGACCAUGGACAUGGAGUUUCUGAUAUUAGUUUCAACCAAAUUAAAACAGAAUUAUCAGUUGAAGAUAUCCACGUGAAGAACCAGGAUGGUUUAGCACAAUUUCAGUAUUUUAAUAGUGAUGUUAAUAUAAAACCAGAGCCUACUGCUAAAGAAAGUCAAAGCAUUGAACAUGAUAGCUUCAAAAAUGAUAUUAAAAGGGAGCCCAAUAGAGAAAGUAUAUGUGAUACACUUGAUGAUUCAGACUUAAAUAAAUACUCAUUAAAAAUUGAAAUAGAAGAAGAUAAAAAGAAAUUUAUGCCAUAUGGAAAAGAACAAACAAACAAAAAAGACUUUCCCCAAGAGAAGGACGCUUUGGAAAUUAUGAACGCAAUACAAGUACAUUCAUCUAAUAAAGAACAACAUACAAGUCACACUACAAAAGAAAAAACAUUAAAAUGUGAAAUUUGUCUUAAGCAGUUUGCACGACUAGAUCAUAAGAAAACACAUAUGAGAAUACACACAGGAGAAAAGCCAUACAAGUGUGAAAUUUGUUUUAAACUGUUUACUCAUGCGGUUAAUUUGAAAAUGCAUCAGAGAGUGCACACUGGAGAAAAGCCGUACAAGUGUGAUAUUUGUUUUAAACAAUUUACUCAACAGAGCACUUUGAAAUACCAUAUCACAUCACACACUGGAGAAAAGGAUUACAAGUGUGAAAUUUGUUUUAAGCAGUUUAGCCAAGCAGGUCAUUUAAAACCACAUAUGAGAAUACAUACCGGGGAAAAAAGUUAUAAGUGUGAAAUUUGUUUAAAACAGUUUACUAGAGGAAGUGAUGUGAAAAUACAUAUGAGCGUGCACACUGUAGAAAAACCUUACAAGUGUGAAAUUUGUUUUAAGCGAUUUACUAGAGGAAGUGAUGUGAAAACACAUAUGAGCGUGCACACUGGAGAAAAACCUUAUGAGUGUGAAAUUUGUUUUAAGCAAUUUAGACAAGAGGGAAAUUUGAAAAGACAUUUAAGGGUACACACCGGAGAAAAGCCUUUCAAGUGUGAAAUUUGUUUUAAGCAAUAUAGUGAAUCGGGAACUUUGAAAAGUCAUUUGAAAAUACACGCUGGCGAAAUGCCUUACAAGUGCGAAAUUUGUUCUAAGCAAUUUAGAGAACCAGGAACUUUGAAAGUUCAUUUAAGAGUGCACACUGGGGAAAAACCUUAUAAGUGUGAAAUUUGUUUUAAUCAGUUUACUACAGCACUUGGUUUGAAACAGCAUACGAGAAUACACACCGGAGAAAAGCCUUACAAGUGUGAAAUUUGUUUUAAGCAGUUUAGCCAAGCAAGUCAUUUGAAACCACAUAUGAAAAUACACAGCGGAGAAAAAUCUUAUAAGUGCCAAAUUUGUUUUAAGCUGUUUACCCACGCGGUUAAUUUGAAAAUACAUCAGAGAGUGCACACUGGAGAAAAGCCGUACAAGUGUGAUAUUUGUUUUAAACAAUUUACUCAACAGAGCACUUUGAAAUACCAUAUCACAUCACACACUGGAGAAAAGGAUUAUAAGUGUGAAAUUUGUUUUAAGCGGUUUAGCCAACCAGGUCAUUUGAAAAGACAUAUGAGAAUACACUGUUGAAUUUGUUGACUACGAAAAAGCUUUUGACAACAUCAAAAAAAAUGUUAAAAGCCUUAACAGUGCUGUAUAGAUUAUCGCUAUAUAAACAUGAUCAAAUACAUCUAUCAAAAUGCGACAGCAAGCGUUAAACUGGCAGAUAAAAAGACCUACGCAUUUAAAAUAAAACGGGGAGUUCGACAGGGAGACACAAUUUCGCCAAAAUUGUUUACAACAUUAUUAGAGCAUAUUAUGUUUAAGACUACAAAUCUGAGUGAAAAAAGUUGACAUUAAAAUAAUGUCAACGGAGAAAUUUUUAGUCAUUUAAGAUUCGCUGACGAUAUUGUUUUUUUAUGACAGCAUCGAUGAUGCAAUAUUGCAACUGGAGAAAGUAUCAUAUGAUGCAAUAUUGAGAUGCAAUAUUGCAACUCCUUACAAGUUGGAUUAAAAAUCAACCAUACAAAAACACAAAUCAUAACAAAUCUUGUGUUAAGCGAAAAGAUUUCAGUAAAUGGAAUGCCUAUUGAAGAAACCACCUCUUAUAAGUACUUAGGGCAUGAGAUACGCAUAGGAAGAGGUAAUGAAACGUGUGAACUAAGCCGCCGCAUAGGACUCACUUGGAUGGCAUUCGGCAAGCUGAGCUAUGUCCUUAAGUCAGAACUGUCUAUGUGUCUCAAAAGAAAAGUCUUUGAUCAAUGUGUGGUGCCAGUAUUUACAUAUGGUGCAGAAACUUUAACAAUAACCAAGAAAGUAAGAAAUAAAAUUGGUGUGACCCAAAGAGCCAUGGACAAUGUUAGGCAUUUCUCGUAGGGAUCGAAUUACAAACAAGGAAAUAAGACGAAGAACAGAAGUGACUGAUGCCAUAGAAAGAAUUAUGACCCUAAAGUGAAACUGGGCUGGACACAGCUAGAAUGUCGAAUAACAGAUGGACACAGCGAAUAAUACACGGAAUACCAAGACAAGAAACAUGUCGAAGUAGAGGUCGUCCGACAACAAUACGGUCUGAUGACAUAAAACGGAUCGACAAAAAUUUGAUGUAAACAGCACAAAACAGAAAUAUGUACAUGGAAAAGACUGAGGGAGACCUAUAUCCAGUAGUGGAUAGAUCCGGGUUAAAUGAUGAUGAUGAUAAUACACAGCGAAGAAAAAACUUAAAUAUGUUUUAAGCAACAUAGUUAAACGGGUAGGUUUUCUAACCGUCCAAGUGGGCUGUAUUUAUUCUUCAGCUGGGUACAAACAACCGGUACAGUUGGUUCUGAAAUUUAUUCCUUCGAAGUGGCGUAGUUAUCCAAUAGGUGGUGGUUAUUUUUAUUUUAUCUAUUUAAACACUGCUAUUACUUCAGUAAUAAUCAGAAAAUAACCUUCCUUAAAAUCAUACAUAACAGAAUCCACGUGAAAUUAGAACAAGAAAUAAGUGAUCCACAGAUGGGUUUUAGAAAGGGUCUAAGAACUAGAGAAGCAUUAUUCGGAGUCAAUGUUCUGACACAACGAUGUCUGGAUAUGAAUCAGGACAUAUAUGCUUUCUUCAUAGAUUUUAAAAAAGCUUUUGACAGAGUUCAACAUGAAAAGCUUUUAAGUAUUCUUAAGACCAAAAACAUAGAUAGUAGAGAUCUACAAAUUAUAUCGAAUUUGUAUCAAAAUCAGAAAGCAAGAGUAAGAGUUGAAGGAGAACUGACAGAGGAAGUAAGUAUACUUAGAGGAGUUCGACAGGGGUACAUACUUUCACCACUCUUAUUCAACGUCUACAGUGAAGUGAUAUUUCAAGAAGCUUUAUUGGAUAUUGUGGAAGGUAUUUUGGUCAACGGAAAUGGCAUUAAUAAUAUUAGAUAUGCGGACGAUACGGUCAUAUUUGCAAGUGACAUGGAAGAUCUACAGUACAUAAUACAACAUGUAUACAAUGCAUGUGAAAGGUACGGACUGCAAAUGAAUCUCAAGAAAACGAAAUCGAUGAUAUUCUCAAAAAAAACACAAAAUGUAGAUAACCUGAUCAUCAAUAAUACAACGAUCGAAAGAGUAACAACAUAUAAAUAUUUAGGAACGUGGCUAACCGAAGAUGGAGAUCAAACAAAAGAAAUCAUAUCUAGAAUAGAAAUGGCAAGAAACACGUUCAUAAAAUUGAAGAACUUAUUUGCAACCGUAACGUUAAUCUAGAGAUCCGCACAAGAAUGCUACGUUGUUACGUUUUUUCUACUUUACUAUACGGCAUGGAAGCGUGGACAAUAAAACAGUCUAAAAUCAAAAAAUUAAACUCCUUUGAGAUGUGGUGCUACAGGAGAAUCCAAAGUAUAUCGUGGACUGAAAAAGUAAUAAUAUAGAGGUGUUACAAAGAAUGAAGGAAGAAUGUGAAGUCAUAAAAACUGUUAAAAUUAGAAAGAUUCAAUAUCUGAGUCAUAUAAUGAGGGGCGAGAAGUACGUAUUACUUAGGUUAAUUAUGCAAGGGAAGAUACAAGGGAAGAGAAACCCAGGACGACGCAAAAUAUCCUGGCUAAGAAAUUUGAGAGAGUGGUUCGGUUGCAGCUCAUUAGAAUUAUUCAGAAGUGCGGCCAAUAAAAUUAAAAUAGCUAUGAUGAUUUCCAACCUUCGAUAGGGGAAGGAACCUGAAGAAGAAUUACUUCAGUAUAAUGUAUUAUAUCAUACUACAAAACAUUAUUAAAUAGGAUGUUAAUGGUA